UACACGAUGCUGCACGGAAGCAGCGGAAAGAAUAGCAACGCUCAUCAGAACAGCUUGGAGAACAACAGUACACAGCCCGGCCCGUACUUCGACAUAUCGCAUUCGAAGAACGUGACCAGCAUCCUGGGCAAAACUACGUACUUGAAUUGCCGCGUGAAGAACUUGGGGAACAAGACGAUGACGUUGCAGGUUUCCUGGGUCCGGCAUAGGGAUGUUCAUCUGCUCACCAUCGGCAGUUACACGUACACGAACGACCAGAGAUUCAAGCCGAUUCACAAAGCAAACACGGACGAUUGGACGCUGGAAAUCAAGUACCCACAGCAGCGGGAUAGCGGUAACUACGAGUGCCAGGUCUCCACGACGCCGCACAUGAGUCACAUCGUUCAUCUAGACGUGAUCGUUAAUUCUAAUCUAAAUCUGCCCCAGUUCCAUGGCCAUUGCGCGAAAUUUAAGCCAAGCUUAAAUCCUGGCGCGGUGCCAAUUGAACACCUGGGAUUGGUUGAUACCGAUUUCGAGUUAAGCCACGGCGUCGAACAAGGGUUUGAUUACGCGAGAUUACUUCCCCAACUUGGAUCUCCACCGACCGGUUAA